AUGGCUCUCUGGCAAGGAUUCAACCAACAAUUGCGCCGAGUAGUGCCAAAGGCUACUGGAGAGGCGUGCUUGACUCAGUCACGGAGAUACGUCAGCUCAACAAUCCCGCGGAGAAUCGGAGGAGCCGCGAAUGUGAACCAGUGGGGCUUGAGUACAAAGAAGAGCCUGCGGUUGCCAUCGCACGGGUGGAAGACGGUUCAGCGCUCAUUCUCUGCCUCGGCGCAAGCUGCCCACGGUCACGUCCAUACUCCGAAGCCCGGCGAGGAGAUCAACAUCACUUUCGUUGAAAAGGACGGUACCCGUGUCGAUUUGCAAGUCGCUGAGGGGGAUAACUUGCUGGACAUUGCACAGGCGAAUGACCUUGAGAUGGAGGGUGCCUGUGGUGGCUCAUGUGCUUGCUCUACCUGCCAUGUGAUUGUAGAGGACCCGGACAUGUUCGACAAGAUGGAGGAGCCCUCAGACGACGAGAACGACAUGCUGGACCUGGCAUUCGGCUUGACCGAGACCUCGCGGUUAGGUUGCCAGGUCUUGGUGACCAAGGAUAUGGAGGGAAUGGUUGUGCAGCUGCCGACUAUGACACGGAAUCUACAGGCCAGCGAUUUCGAAUCGAAAUAA